AUGGAGCGGUGCGCAGGUCGCGUCGCCCUGGUGACGGGCGCCAACUCCGGCAUCGGCGCCGCCACCGCACGGGCGCUGCUCAGGAGGGGGCUCGAGGUCGUCGGCCUCGACAAGAGGAUCGACAGGGUCCAGGAGUUGUGUGAUAAACUGAAGGACGCUCCGGGUACGCUCUAUCCGUUGCAAUGUGACGUCAGCUGCGAGGAGAAUGUUCUAUGCGCCUUCAAAUGGAUCAAAGAGAAUUUAGGAGGGGUCAAUGUUCAUAUCAACAGCGCCGGCGUCUGCAGAGAAAACAUUCCCACAACUGGACAGACAGCCGAGUGGCAGCAAACACUGGACGUCAACGUCCUGGGGCUGUCCGUCUGCACGAGGGAGGCCGUCCAGAGCAUGCUGGACAGGGGAGUCGACGACGGCUUCGUCAUCCACAUAUACAGUAUAGCUGGUCACAUCAUGCCAUUCGAUCCAUUGUACUCGACGUACUACGCCAGCAAGCAUGCUGUCAAGGCUCUGCUUGAAGGACUGAGGAAGGAUCUGGCUGAAGAGAGGGCGUUGCCCUCGGAAACCACGCGCUACGGGGGCAGCGCGCAACGCGAGUUCCCGGCGUCGCUGCAGCGGCCGCGCGUCAUCGCCAGAGGCCGCAGCGCUGAGACGCACCCCAGUGGGCCGUACCGCAGCAGGUGUCACGCGGCCGCAACUGAGUUCCCUCGCUGUGGCGCCGCCUCACUCCGCUUCCGCCGACCGGCCUGUGUGUGGGAAGCAGCCGCCGCGUACGUUGAAAUAUGGAGCCGGUCGCCUGAGUUGUAG